AUGAUGAAAAAGCUUUUUCCAUCACACGAAAUCCUCCUUGACCAGGCAUGUAAAGAUUGCACAGAUCUUAUUCUAAAAAUGUACAUAAAUAUACACAAAUAUGAAAAGAAUAAAACAUUUCUAAAUUUUAUUAUAAACUGUAUUGAAAACCAACUUCAACAUAUAAAUCCCAAAAAUAUGGAUAAAGUCUUCAUAAGGUUAGAUACACCUGAACAAAACAAAGUUUUAGAAGAAAAACAAUCCACAACAAUUGUCAAUAUGGAUGAAAAUACCAGUUUUCAUUGUAAUAAGUGUGACAUGAAAUUUUAUUCACAAGAAUCGCUCAAAGAACACAAAAUCAAUCAUAAAAAUGCCAAUGAUGCCAUGAUUUGUGAUACAUGUGGGCAAAAAUUCAAAACAUCAAGAUCAUUAAAAGCACACCUUAAGUGCCACAUAGAAAAGAAGUGUCCAUACUGUUUUAAAACAUUAAAAUCUCAUUCACAUUAUAAUGUCCACAUAGAGGGACAUAAAUCAGGAAUGAAGAGAAAACGGAAUAAACUAUACUACAAUUGUAAUGACUGUACCUAUCGAACUCUUAAUAAAAAAACACUUGAAGCCCAUAUAAAUAAGGUACAUUUGUAUAUAAGGCCUUAUGUCUGUCAAACAUGUUUUAAAGGUUUUUAUAAAAAAAGUAACUUGACAGAACAUUUAACCACACACUUGCAGAUAACUAAUAAGAUUUGUGAAAUCUGUGGAGACAGCUUUGUUAAUCAGAAAACAUUGAUGGAGCACCAAAGACUCCAUUCUGAUUCGAAACCGUAUGAAUGUGAUAUUUGCAGUAAGAAAUUUGUUACUUCUGGGAGAAGAUCAGACCAUAUAAAAAGGACCCAUAUGGACAAAACAGAAUUUUGUAUAUUCUGUGACAAGAAAUUUAGUUUAAAAAAAGAAUUAAAUAGGCAUGUAAAGAAAACUCACACUAACAACACGCAACCAGCUGGUGAUAAUUUUGAAGUAAAUAUUCCAAAUUAUGGAUUUGAUCAUACAAUGUUACCAAUGACCACUAAUCAUAUUCAAUUUUACAAUUUAUAG